AUGCCAAUCCAUGAAAAAGAAUUCUCCACCCCACCACCCCAUCCACCAGUGGGUACACCCCAGGACUCCCCAUCCGCACUGCCAUGGUACUCCAUCGCGCCGGGAGUAUGGGAAUUCUUUCUAAGUGGUGACGGAGAACACGAAGCCGUACUGCAGUGGUGGGAGCCAAAUACUAUCUCCGUGCAGAGAGAACCAAUAACACAUAUCGAAGAGGUCUGCACCCUCCGCGGUGGAUUGGAAGACCUUUCGCUCGGACAAUCGUGGGGUAUUGGUGCCUACGCCUACCGGAGACCUGGGAUGGAGCAUGGACCGUAUCGGGCGACGAAAGAUGGAUGCCUGCAGUUUGUUAAGGUCAUGCCGGCGAAGAAGUAG